AUGGAGUUUGACGAGGACAUGUCGGGGCUGCAGAUCGAGGACCUGGGAGAGUAUUUCCUGCAGACGGACAUCAACGACAACUGGAAGGGCUUCUCGCUCGGCUACACGGAUGAAGAGCAACAACAGCAGCAGCAACAGCAACAAAAUGCCAAGCAACCGGCGACUUCCACUGCUGCUGCUGCUGGUGGUGGUGGCACCAGUUCUGUUCCGCACUUGACGUCGCCGCCGUUGUCGAGUAUCUCGGAGAUGCUCAAGCACGGCAACGGCCUGGGGGUCGGACUGGGCUUCGGGUCCCCGCGGAAGGACUUCACGACGCUGUUUCAGACCGGACUGACCCCGGCCAGUGCCAAACCCGAUGUAGCCAUGAUGAACCGAACUGCGAGAGACGCCAUGGAGCUUGCGAGCUUCAGCUUGGACCAGCACAAGAAACCAGCGGCUAUCAAGCCCGCUGCUCCAAAGCUGCCGAGUCCGCAGUGCCAGAACAUUUUGAGCAGCGACGACGACGACAUGAACUCGUUCAGCAGUGCGGCGGCGUUUAAACGUGAAUUUGACUUCAUGACUGUGUCAUGCGACGCCAGCGGAUGCUCGACGAUCGGGAGUGCGUCCACCAUCAGCGCGCCGUCGCCCACGCCCGAAGACGACCGAGGGUUCCGAAAGAAGUCCCGGGAGAAGAUGCGUCGUCAAGAGGUGAAUGUUAAGUUUGAAGAGCUCGUGGAUCUGCUCGGUCUGUCCAACCGCGUCCGCAAGAGCGCGAUUUUGCAGGAAGCUGUGUCGGCUAUCAAGAGCCUGAAGAGGGAGCGGGACGAGCUGCGUCGGGACCGCGAUCGCCUGCAGCAAGAAGUUAGCAAGCUCGCGACUUGCCUGCAGUAUUCACACCUCGGGUCCGUGGCAAACGCCGUCGCCAUGAACCAGCAGCCGAAUCAGCCGCUGCCUCAUAUGAACCCGUCGAUGCCGCACCUUAAUCAGCCACACGACCGACAAGCAGCGGCGGUCUCGAGCGGGAUGCAAACGGUCCACACGCAUCCGCUUAACGUCCCGUGUAACCCGGUAUGUAGGCAGGGGCUAGUUCAAUUCUGA